AUGCAGUCUCUCCGCACACUUUCACCUCGCACCCUCUUCUUCUCUUCUUCUUGCUGCAGGGACAGCAACUCCACCCGGCUUGCCAGGCUUCAACAUCUUCGACCCCGCUACUUCAACACCGCGAAUAACCCUACUUACUACGCCGCCAAGUUCAAGGCGCGCACCAACAACACCCAAGGCAAAAUGGCUUCCACCGCAACUACUCUCAAGGGCCAGCCCCUCGACCGCGCCCUCCUCGACCAGACCCUCCGUCGCCGUCUAUUCUACACCCCUUCCUUCGAGAUCUACAAUGGUGUUGCUGGUCUCUACGACUACGGUCCUCCCGGCUGCGCUCUGCAGGCCAACAUCAUCGAUAUCUGGCGCAAGCACUUCGUCAUCGAGGAGGACAUGCUCGAGGUGGACUGCACCGUGCUGACCCCCGACGAGGUCCUCAAGACUAGUGGCCACGUUGAAAAGUUUGCCGAUUGGAUGUGCAAGGAUCCCAAGAACGGCGAAAUCAUGCGUGCCGACCACUUCGUCGAGGAGGAGCCCGAGGCCGAGGGCGACAAGAAGAAGAAGAAGAAGUCCAAGGGCAAGGCUGAGGUCGUCAAGCUCGACGACGCCGUCGUCCAGCAGUACGAGGAGAUUCUCGCCCAGAUCGACAACUACAACGGCGAGCAGCUCGGCGAGCUCAUCGUUAAGCACGACCUCAAGAACCCCGCCACCGGCGUCCAGCCCUCGCCUCCCAUCCCCUUUAACCUCAUGUUCCAAACCGCCAUCGGCCCCAGCGGCAACCUCCAGGGCUACCUCCGACCCGAGACGGCCCAGGGCCAGUUCCUCAACUUUGCCAAGCUUCUCGAGGCCGGUCUUUUGCGUGUACGCGAGUUCCUCAUGGCCGAGGUCGAGCACUUUGUCGACCCCGAGGGCGGCAAGAAGCACGAACGCUUCCACGAGGUGGAACAUGUUGAGCUCGUCCUGCUCGAUCGCCACGUCCAGCUCUCUGGCAAGACGAAUUUGACCAAGAUGACCAUUGGCGAUGCCGUCAAGAACGGGGUUGUCGAUAACGAGACUCUUGGCUACUUCCUCGCCCGUAUCUUCCUUUUCAUGAAGAGGAUUGGCGUGGACGAGUCCAAGCUGCGCUUCCGCCAGCACAUGGCCAACGAGAUGGCGCAUUACGCCGCCGACUGCUGGGACUGCGAGCUCCUCACCUCGGCCGGCUGGAUCGAGUGCGUGGGCUGCGCCGACCGAAGCGCCUACGACCUGAGCGUCCACGCCAAGAAGACGGGCGCUGCCCUCUACGUGCGCGAGCGCCUCGACGAGCCCAAGAUCGUUGAGGAGUUCGAGGUCGAGAUCGACAAGAAGCAGUUUGGUCCCCGCUUCAAGAAGGACGCCAAGGCCGUCCAGACGGCGCUCGAGGAGUCGAACCAGCAGGAGCGCGAGGGCUUCGCCAAGACCCUUGCCGACAGCGGCAAGAUCACCGUCAAGGUGGCUGGUGUGGGCGACGGCAACGUCGAGGUCACGAGCGACCUGGUCAAGAUUGAGCGCAAGAAGCGCACGGUCAACAUUCGAGAGUACACACCCAACGUCAUUGAGCCGUCGUUCGGUAUCGGUCGCAUUCUCUACUCCCUCAUGGAGCACAGCUACUGGACUCGCGCCAGUGACGGCGGUGAUGAGGCUCGAAGCAGGCUCCGCCAGCUCGGUAUUUCGAGCAAGGUUGAUGCGUCGUCUGCAACCAUUGGCAAGCGCUACAGCCGUAAUGACGAGCUCGGUACCCCUCUCGGUGUGACGAUCGAUUUCCAGACCGUCAAGGACGGCAGCCUAACGCUGCGCGACCGCGACACCAUGGUUCAGGUGCGCGCCGACGAGGACAAGAUUCUUGAGGCCAUCAAGGAUAUUGUCGAGGGCAACAAGACUUGGGCGGAUGUCGAGAAUGAGCUGCCCAAGUUUGUUGGCCAGGAGUUGGAGGUUGAAGUGCGAUAG